AUUUCCUUGGCUCUACCCAGACCGAGCAGCACCUGCACCAAAAUUCAAUAAAAUGGCAACGGCUCUAGCAGAGGGCUUGAAAAACAAGACCCAAAAUAUGGUCACCUCACAGGCCCCCAAAGACAAGAAGACCAUCGAUCUCGAGCAUGACACCGUCGAGGGACAUACCCAGACGCCUAUGACAACGGACCAUGGAGUCCGUGUCACCAAUCCCGACAAUUGGCUGAAAGCCGUCGAUGAUCGCCAAACCGGACCCUCUUUGCUGGAGGACCAGAUUGCGCGCGAAAAGAUCCAUCGCUUUGACCAUGAACGCAUUCCCGAAAGAGUUGUUCAUGCUCGUGGGACCGGCGCAUUCGGCACUUUCCGCUUGAAGGAGAGCGCCGAAGAUGUGACCAGUGCUGGUGUAUUGACAGACACAUCGCGGUCCACACCCACGUUCGUCCGCUUCUCGACGGUGCAGGGCUCCAGAGGUAGCCCCGACACCGUGCGUGACGUUCGUGGGUUCGCCACCAAGUUCUACACCGACGAGGGCAACUGGGACCUCGUGGGGAACAACAUCCCGGUCUUCUUCAUCCAGGAAGCCAUCAAGUUUCCGGAUUUUGUUCACGCAGUCAAGCCAGAGCCGCACAAUGAAGUGCCCCAGGCGCAGACGGCCCAUAACAACUUUUGGGACUUUGUCUACAUGCAUCCCGAAGCCACGCACAUGUUCAUGUGGGCCAUGUCUGACCGGGCUAUUCCCCGAUCCUACCGCAUGAUGCAAGGAUUCGGGGUGAACACGUUCUCCCUGAUCAACAAGGCCGGACAGCGCCACUUCGUCAAGUUCCACUGGAUCCCGCAUUUGGGCGUCCAUUCCCUCGUCUGGGAUGAAGCCUUGAAGCUGGCCGGUCAGGACCCCGACUUCCACCGCAAGGACCUCAUGGAGGCCAUCGACAGCAAGGCCUUCCCGAAAUGGGACUUCGCCAUCCAGGUGAUCCCAGAGGAGAAGCAGCACGACUUCGACUUUGACAUCCUGGACGCCACCAAGGUGUGGCCCGAGAACCUGGUGCCCCUGCGGAUCAUCGGCGAAAUGACCCUCGACAAGAAUAUCGACGAAUUCUUCCCCCAAACCGAGCAGGUCGCCUUUUGCACGAGCCAUAUCGUCCCGGGCAUCGACUUCUCCGACGACCCCCUCCUGCAGGGCCGGAACUUCUCCUACUUUGACACCCAGAUCUCGCGCCUGGGCAUCAACUGGGAGGAGAUCCCCGUCAACCGACCGGUGUGCCCCUUCAUAAACCACAAUCGCGACGGUGCGAAGCGCCACCGCAUCACCAAAGGCACCGUCAACUAUUGGCCCAACCGGUACGAGGCCGUGCCCCCCGCCUCCGAGGACACCGGGUUCGUGUCGUACCCGCAAACCGUCGGCGGCUCGAAGCGACGCGCCCUCAGCGAAAAGUUCCGCGAGCACCACAACCAGGCCCAGAUGUUCUACAACUCGAUGACCCCUCACGAAAAGGCCCACAUGCAGAAAGCGUUCUGCUUCGAGCUGGACCACUGCGACGACCCCCUGGUCUACGAGCGCAUGGCCGGCCACCGUCUGGCGGAGAUCGACCUGCCGCUGGCUCAAGCCGUCGCCGAAAUGGUCGGUGCCCCCAUCCCGGACAAGCAGCUGCGCCCGAAUCCCGGACACACGGCCCCGGGUCUAUCCCAGACGGACUUUACACCGCGGACAUCGACCAUCGAGAGCCGCCGCAUCGCUAUUCUCAUCGGCGACGGCUACGAUCCCGUCUCCUUCAACGCUAUCAAGGCCGCCGUGCUAGCGGCCAACGCGCUCCCGUUCGUCAUCGGCAUGAAACGGUCCGCCGUCUACGCCGACGGCGAAUCGCCUAGCACGAGCAAGGGUGUCAUCCCCGAUCACCAGUACGAUGGCCAGCGCUCGACCAUGUUCGAUGCCACCUUCGUCCCCGGUGGUUCGCACGUGGAGACGCUCAAGAAAACCGGACAGAUCCGGUACUGGAUUGCGGAAGCCUUUGGCCAUUGUAAAGCCCUCGGGGCGACGGGUGAGGGAGCCGAGCUCAUCAAACUGGCCAUUGGGUCGACUCUGGACGUCCAGGUGGCUACUGCGGAUAAUCCGGCGCCGAAGGAGUGGUACGGUGUGGUUACUGGAGGCAAGGUCGAGAAGCCAGAGAGUUUCAAGGACGGGGUGAAGAUCCUGAAAGAUGCUAAGGACUUGAUCGGCAUGUUCCUCUACCAGGUCUCCCUUCAUCGCAACUACCAGCGUGAAUUGGACGGGCUGAGCUCGACGGUGGCGUGGUAGAUCCAACUCACGCUCAUGAUUUGUGGGUGUCUUUAAUGUGGAG